GGGAGAGAGCGGCAUAGCCAGGCAACUCCCUCCAUGGUUUUUUCAAAAGGCAGAUGAUAGACCAAAGUGUGCACGCAGCAGGCUUCCAGCACAGCCUCUCAGCAACGCUAAGGCUCGUCCAACCGUGAUUUUAUUUCCAGCAGGAUCGAGACGUCAGCCUGAGGUUCCAUUGUUCACAGCGAGCAAUCAACAGUGCAAAUAAGGAGGGGGACUUAAAAUCAAGAGAUUUAUUUUGGCUGUGGAAAAAAUACUGGACAACAACGAAACGUAGAGGACAAAGAAAGCUAGGACAAGGUAACCAUGUGUGCAGGAGGAUACCAGCAGAGACACAUUUUCCUGUUUAUGUUGGCUUUGCCGAUUAUGCUGGAAGACUGCAGUGUCCAGGCCUGUCGGAGUGGCACAGGGUCACAGUGUGAGAAGGCUCCUUUUGUACCGGGCCACAAUCUGGCUGGAGAAGGCUUUGACGUGGUGCGGAUGCGUCGGACAGGAGCAUAUGUCAUCAAUGUCAAAGCCCACCUAGCUGACAACCACACCUGUACACUGUGUCCGAACCGAUUCCAAAAAGGAGAGAUUCAGAGGCUCCCAGCUUCAGUGCUUGACUGGCGUCCCUUCAGCCGCUGCUCUAAGCAGCUUUCCAGUGCACUUCACCACUCUGUGGACUCCCUGCUGCGCAGCUCCAACUCACUGGUUAACAACAACUGGGAUUUGGGUUUGAGCCUUGACAACAUUGGAAAGGCAGUUCUGGGAGGAAGCCGCUCAGAUUUGGCAAAGUUUGCACGUUCACAGCACAGUGUGGACAAAGCCACUUUUGCCAUUCAUGAAAUCAGUUGCACCUAUUACAGCUACAGGCUGGCUGAUCAUCCACCGCUGAGUGCAGAGUUCACAAAGCAUCUCAAGAGACUCCCACAGAGUUUAAACACAAGCCAGAACAGAGCCCUAUACAGACGGCUAAUAGACACUUAUGGAACACACUAUAUACACCAGGUCCAGCUCGGUGGUAAGGUGAGGCGAAUCACUGCCUUCAGGACCUGCCUGGCCACCCUGAAGGGCUUUUCAGAGGCAGAGAUCAAAAACUGCCUGAAUGUUGAACUCCGUAUGGCAUUGGGUUUCCUCCCUGCCAAUGUAUCUUUUUCCAACAGGUGUGACAGCCUCCUUAAAGGCAACAUGAGCAUGGGCUUUUACCAAGGCUUCAUGACCCAUAAGAUUGAGGUUACUGGAGGAGAGAGGUACUUCCCUGACAUCCUCUACCAGCAGGACCCAUCUGAAGCCUACCACAGCUGGAUGAACAGCCUUCAUGACAACCCCGAUGUGGUUUCUUAUGCCAUCUUUCCUCUGCAUCACUUGGUGGAGGAUUCACAAAUCAGUGCUAAUCUGAUAAGGACUGUCUCAGAGUACAUAAAAGAGAACCAGCUGAAGGAAGACCAACUUGGUUUCAAGAACUGCUCACCGACUCCCAACCUGGACCAUAACUGCUGCCCUUUAAGGGCUGGUAGAGGAACUCUCCAACUGGAGAUUCACAGAGCUGCAGGCCUGAGGGCAGACACCUUCACAAAAACAGAUGCCUAUGUGAAGAUCUUCUACAAUGGCAUAUAUGAAGAGACUGACACGGUGAUGGAUGACAAUGACCCGAUAUGGAAUGUCACCUAUGACUUUGGUUCAGUGGAACUGGGUCAGGAGUUGAGGUUUGAAGUCUGGGAUAGGGACGUGCUUUACAAUGAUAUUGCAGGGAGGUGUAUUGUGUUUCCAGAGCGAGGAACUCAUUCCUUAAGCUGUCAGCUGCGCAAAGGAGUUCUCUAUUUUACUUACAGAAUCAAAUGUGAUGCUCACUUGACAGGAUAUAGGUGUGGACGAUACUCCCCCAAUGCUGAGUAGAUUAGGUAUGGAUUUACAGUACAGUGCAAAAGUCUGUACCUCAUUUCUUUUUUCUCCAUAUUUUGCAAUGAAAACAGGAAAUAGGUGCAGCAACAUACAUUACAAGAUCAACAUUUAUUAAAAAAAAUCCAAGACAAAAUAAGGGUUUGUACAUUUGUAAUGAGCUUAAAAGUCAAUAUUUGGUAUGACCACCUGUAGUCUUCAACACAGACUGAAUUCUGUUAGACAAGCUUUCUUGUCAUUUUUUUAAGUAGCCUUCAGAAGUAGAUCUCCAGGCUUCUUGAAGGACAUUCCAGUGCUGUACUUUGUAUGUUGGCUGCUUUUUGCUUUGUUCUCUGUCAAUAUGAUCCCCAGACUGCUUCAAUAAUGCUGACGUCCAGAUUCUGAUCUAUGACUGAGUGUUUGUGUGUUUUUCUAUCCAUGCAAAAAUUGCCAUGCUGAAAAAUGAAGCUGUGGCCAUUCAGAUGAUUCCCAAAACCACUGGUUACAAUGCAACCCCAGACCAAGUCAGAGUCUCCACCAUGUCUUACAAUGGCUGUGGCUGUUAAGACCUGUUGCUUUUAAUUUUCAGUCCAGUUCUUGUGUAAUUGGUCAUGCCCCAGCCUUUUAUCUUUCCCUUACUUGAACAGCUCCUCGACAGCCAUUUUUCUCUCAAGACCAUUUCUGAUGAUGCUUCAGCGACUGGUCGAUGGAUAAACUGGAAAAGCAGAUUUCUCUCUCAGAUACCAUCUAAGGUCUUUGACUUAUUUAGGUCCUCCUACUUUUAAGGACACGCUGAACACCAUGCUGGAAUAUGUCAAGUUUUAACUGUUUCUCUUAAAAUGCAUUAUCUUUGACAUUUUCAAACUAAAGAAAUUAUAUUAUACAUAUUCUAAAAAUUAUAUGUUUUUGUGAAAGCAUUCUAGUAACAAAAUGGCUAAAGACAACUUAAAACUGUUUCUUUGCCGAGCUAUCUGUGCAUAGACAGUACUGGAAUAGGUGCUUUUUAUUAUGCUUGAAUGAGCCAUGGGUCAGUGUUGCAUGGUACAAGGACUGGACUUUAAAUGAGUGUCCAAACAAAAACAAAGACACUUUAAAAAUUACAAUAAAUAAAUUACAAUUGUCUUGGAAACAAAAAGGAAUUAGAUAUGGCUCAAGACUUUUGCAAAGUACUCUGUAUAAUAAUCUGGUGGUUCGGUUUUCCAAGACAUUAAGUCCUUCUUGUGAUUUGCCUAUAUGACAGAACAACUUGGUAAAAUGUGCACCAAAAUGUUUGCUGACCUUCAGGGGUGUUCCAAUUUGAUGGGGUAUUUGAGCACAUUUUUACAGGAACAAAUUUUUCCUAAUUUUUUAAUCUGACAUCAAUGCAUUAUAAUGAUAUACAGAUAUAAUGAAUGAUAAAGUGUGCAAUUGUACAUUAUAUUGUAUUGAUACAUUUUGAUAGCUUUCUUGUAGUUAGUCUUCUAUAUACAUGUCAGC